AUGGGCGGCAUCCACGGCAUGUUCCUCGCCCAGUACGAGGUCCUGCGCGAGCGCGGCCACAGCCCCAGCGAAGCCUUCAACGAGACCGUCGAAGAGGCCACGCAGAGCUUGUACCCACUCAUUGGCGCUAAUGGCAUGGACUGGAUGUAUGCCGCGUGCUCAACCACUGCCCGCCGGGGCGCCAUUGACUGGAGCAGCAAGUUCAAGGACACCCUCAAGCCCGUGUUCAAUGAGCUGUAUGACAGCGUUAAGGAUGGCCGGGAGACACAGCGCAGCUUGGAGUACAACUCGCAACCGGACUAUCGGGAGAAGUACGAGAAGGAGAUGCAGGAGAUUCGGGAUCUUGAGAUCUGGCGAGCUGGAAAGGCCGUCCGAUCCCUCCGACCUGAGAACCAGAAAUAAACAACGAGAAAAACGAGUGUUGUAAGAGAUCUUAUGGAUAGAGGGUGUCUGUUUUUUUUCUUUUUUUCUUUUUCUUUCUUUUUUUUCCCCCUCUGGGCAAGAACCAAAAAAAAUGUGUAUUUCUAUCUAAUCCCCAGGACUACAUUUUUGUGUUUUG